AGAUGACAAAGGUGAAAAUAAUAUUUGUUGUAGGCUUACCCUGUCAGGCUGUUCACAUUCAACAGCUCUUAUAAUCCUAGGUACACUCCUUGAGUGUCCCCAUUUUACAGCUGAGGAUAACAAGGCUAGUUAUAUCAAACACCUUAGGGAGAUAUGACAUACACCUACAUAAAUACAACAUGAAACAAGAUAAAUGGUUACAGUGUCAAAGCCACCAUUAGGUGGUAAGAGUGACCCUGUGAAGCAAAAACUAGCAUUUGCAUGACCACAGGCACACUUUACCACGCGCCUGCUUCUACAGAUGAACUUCCCGGCGUGUCACCCUAGGAAUGAGACCUUGGGGGUGCGAAUCCAUGAGAGAUGCCUGUAUAUGAUGGAUACCCGCGGGACUGUCCCCGUGGAAAGCCGCAUCCGCGAGCCCUAGGUGCUCUCCAUUUGAGGAAGUUGGCUGGGGGAGGGGGCUUGCCUUGCGGCUGCGUCCUGCUCCCCGCGCCCUGCCCCCACCUCCCAGCCUCUGCUGCCGCUAAACCCCGGAGAGCGGAGCUUGCACGUUGAGAUUCCUCGGCGGGCUAGGCAGCGGUGCUGGGCAUGCUCAGUGGGCAGGACCCGUUAGAGUGGCGAGCGGCACAGGCACCAAGAUGUCCAACCGAGUGGUCUGCCGAGAAGCCAGUCACGCCGGGAGCUGGUACACAGCCUCAGGACCGCAGCUGAAUGCACAGCUAGAAGGUUGGCUUUCACAAGUACAGUCUACAAAAAGACCUGCUAGAGCCAUUAUUGCCCCCCAUGCAGGAUAUACGUACUGUGGGUCUUGUGCUGCCCAUGCUUAUAAACAAGUGGAUCCGUCUAUUACCCGGAGAAUUUUCAUCCUUGGGCCUUCUCAUCAUGUGCCCCUCUCUCGAUGUGCACUUUCCAGUGUGGAUAUAUAUAGGACACCUCUGUAUGACCUUCGUAUUGACCAAAAGAUUUACGGAGAACUAUGGAAGACAGGAAUGUUUGAACGCAUGUCUCUGCAGACAGAUGAAGAUGAACACAGUAUUGAAAUGCAUUUGCCUUAUACAGCUAAAGCCAUGGAAAGCCAUAAGGAUGAGUUUACCAUUAUUCCUGUACUGGUUGGAGCUCUGAGUGAGUCAAAAGAACAGGAAUUCGGAAAACUCUUCAGUAAAUAUCUAGCGGAUCCUAGUAAUCUCUUUGUGGUUUCUUCUGAUUUCUGCCAUUGGGGUCAAAGGUUCCGUUACAGUUACUAUGAUGAAUCCCAGGGGGAGAUUUAUAGAUCCAUUGAACAUCUAGAUAAAAUGGGUAUGAGUAUUAUAGAACAAUUAGACCCUGUAUCUUUUAGCAAUUACUUGAAGAAAUACCAUAAUACUAUAUGUGGAAGACAUCCCAUUGGGGUGUUAUUAAAUGCUAUCACAGAGCUCCAGAAGAAUGGAAUGAAUAUGAGUUUUUCGUUUUUGAAUUAUGCCCAGUCGAGCCAGUGUAGAAACUGGCAAGACAGUUCAGUGAGUUAUGCAGCUGGAGCACUCACGGUCCACUGAAGCUCUGAAUCCUCAGGGAUGCCACCUGCACAUUCUCAUACUCUGUCUGGGGUCCCAGCCUAGCCUUUACCACGAUACUGGUCCUGGUUUGGGGGGAUUCUGAAACCUCAAACUAAUAGAACUUUCUUCUCUUUUUUUCUAGUAGGUGUAGUCCUUCCUUAAUUUCAACUCAUUAAAAAAUGCUUUAUAGUUUAGGGCAGUGGAAGGAAGGCUGGCAUCAAAAUAUUUUGAUCAAAAAAGAUGACAAUGUAAAGGCUCAGUUGUGGCAGACAGUUUUUUGAAAGUAACUUGUAAAGCAUUUACCAUAUCCUAAAUUUGCACUCUUUGCAGACUUGUGCACAUAUAUUCCGCUUUCAGAAUAGUUUUGCAAAUUGUACACAAACAAACAAAAAGGUGGAAGCUUUUUAAUAAAGAAAUUGCAUUUAUAAAUGAUCUGUAAUAGAAUAUAAUAAAUCUCCAGUUAUAGUCAAUUACUACCCAUGUUGUACAACAGAUACCUUCUAUUUUAGUUGCUAAUAAAGGGCUACACAACUCAAAA